CAAUGUCAAUCCUUGGCCAUAAAAACUAUAACAGCUGCCCAAAGCCGAAAUUAAAUAAACUCCUCAGAAAUACAGGUGUACAUAUACCUAUGGCCGUGCCUAUAUGGAACCAAGUUUUUUACCAAGACUUGCCUUUGAGGCAUUGAAAGAAGCAGAAACUGUUUACAAGGAGAAAGGUUCAUUUCCUGAUGAUGUCUGGGAGAAUUUGCAUUCAUUUUUUGGAGAGAAUUUGAUACUAGCAACAGAAUUGCUUGAGAAAUGUAGACUGGUGGAGUACAUAGCGGACAAUCAUUCUAGAAGCAUUUUCAAAAUUGUUGGUAAACAUGAACAAUACACCAUCUAUGACAAUAUCAACUUCUGCCAGUGUGAAGUUUUUCGAAUACAAGUUCUCGAAUCUAGAAAUAGUGUGACAUGUAAACACAUAUUGGCUCUCAAAUUAGGCCAAAUAACUGAUAAGAUAAUCAGAGAAACUGUGACUGGUUCUCAGUUGGUUGAUUUUUUGAAUGAGCAAUUGAAUAUAAUGGAGGAAAAUAAACAAUGAACAUAUA